AUGACUGCUAAAAUCGCCGACAAGAGGAGGCGCUAUCUUGAGGCCUUGGAUGCGGCGAGAUGUAACGGCAAUUGGAAUGAACUCCCAAACCUCGUUCGCAAAAUUUCAAAGCAUUGCCCUGAGCGGAAAUGUCUAGUACAAGCUGCGCGUACCGAAUACCACGUUGCAGAGUUCCUGAACAGCCGACCUGGAACCGCUACCAUCAGUUCAGGAUCCAGGGAAACAAAACUCCAUGACCUCAUACCGAGCUUGCUUUCUGUAAUGGAAGAGGUGGGGAAUCCUUUGCAAGAUUCUUUUCAAGCACAGAUAUGUUUGGGUUGGCUGCAUUGGACACUAUCGGAACCCGCACUGGCUGCCUCUCGUCUCCCCAGAGACUUCGAUGUGACGCUGCAAAUUCUGUCCGGUGAUAGACAACCCCUAUCAUCCUGGACAGAAAUCUGCAUUAUAAAGGGUGGAUAUAUCAAGGGGGCCGCCCAGGCGUUAGUUUUGGGAUUUGAGGACGCGAUACGCACCUUCAAGUCGGUUUUACCUUGGGCUUCUACUUUCGUGUCGAAUUCUCCGUCAAGUCCGCAAUUUCUAUUCUGGUCUGAACAGCUCUUAUCCAAAGCUGCACUGAUAGCGAGUGAGGCCGCAGCUGAAGGACCCCUGGCAAAUGAAAAUACCGUCGAGUUUGCUCUGAGGGCAUUUCGGCUAUGGGCAUCCCACCCUAACGUAAAGCAAGGUGAUGAGGCAUCGACUGCCCUUGGUACAGCUCCAACUAAUUCAGUCUCACGAGCCUCGAUAUGGAAAGCAUACUACGGAAUUUUAUCAUCUACGCUACGACAAGUUGCAUAUGAUUCUCCGUCAGAAAGUCCGAAGCGGGCCCAACUGACGACGGAACUCCGCCGCGUGGAGGCGAUCUGUGAAAAUAUUUUGAUUAAAAACACGAAGUUCCCGAAGGCAGAGGUAGCAAACAAAGAAGUUGAAGACUGGGUUGAGCAAGUCAUGCAGAAUUGGGAAAUCCUCUGUGGACCGGAGUGGCGGGACGAUGAUUUUGGCGAAGGCGGGCAAGAUGCCUUUUCACGAAAUGUUCUUGAUAUGUUAUAUCGAGCAGCAACCAAGACCUUCCAUUCGACUCUAAUUCUGCGCCGCCUUUUUCAUGUCCACGCAGCUCUGGCAGAGUUCAACCUUGCAAUCAAGGCUUUGGAAACAUACAUCAAUCUAACCACCAGUGCGAAAGCGCGAGCGGCAAAAUCUGUGGAAGCUGCGGGUGAGCUGGAAGAUGAUGAGAUCUUUGCUCAUACUCUUUCUGAAGGAAUUAGCAUGUUGUCUUGUUUUGGGUCCUAUAAAGAAGCGGAAAAAGCAAAGGAAUUGACCAAUAUGCUAAAAAAGUUACUGGAUGAUCUCCAUUGUAUAAUUCCUACAACCACUGCGGCCAACGGGCGCGUUUCGCCAGGUUCAACCGCAGGGACUUGCGGUAGCCGCCCACUGUCUCCCAUCACAGUUUCGAUAGCAUAUCGAGCAAUCGGAAUUGGGCUUGCAAAUUGGGCGAGGUGGACCCCGGUUAAUGAAGUGCGAACUGACAUUCAAGCCGAAGCUCUAGAAGCCUUCGAAAAGUCGUUAGCAUCUGAGUCACCCGAAGGCAAUUUAGCGUCAACUUUCGCAUUUGCCCUUCUACUUGCAGAGACAAGGGACAUAAAUAGUGCGAUUGAUUAUAUUCGAACUACCUUAGUUGCGGAGCAAUCCGAUGAUGAUGCAGACUCACAAAGACAUUCUCACUGGGUUAGCACUAAAGAACGAGAUCUCGUGCCACUAUGGCAUUUGCUCGCACUUCUAUUGAGUGCGAAACAAGAUUUCGAGGCCGCAAGCAAAGCUUGUGACGCUGCCUUCGAGAGUGUACCAAGUGUCAAUUUGCUCCACGAACAAAAUGGAAAAUCAUCACAGAGCCAAUGUCAAGAGCCCGGCGAAAAAUCAGUCCGUUGGCUUUCAGCUGCUGGAAUAGAGCGGGGUAGAGGCGCGCCUAACGAGAUGGAAGCCCGCGAGAAGGAAAGCAUUGUUGAAUUACGAAUUACUCAGCUUUCUCUUCUGGAAAUCAUGCACGGACCUGAGCACGCACUAAAUCAAGCUGAGGCACUCCUCAGUCUUUAUGGGCGUUUGUUUACAAAUCCUGAGCCCGGUAAAGAGGGCGAAACGAACGAGUCGGACAAUCUAGUCCCUCCUAAGAGUUCCACGGGAACAAUUAAGAGCCUCCGGGGUAGUAUUUUUGGUAGAAGGAAGAGUAUCAGACAUCACGAGCGAGAUGGCCAUACCGGGAGCGAACGCAACGUCACGCCAAGGGUACCAUCAAUUUCGCCUGCGGCAGUUCCCGCGGAUCCUGAUGCACCAAAAAUUCAAGUUACAGAUGAGGAUCGACGGGUCUCAACGGAACGUUCCCCUUCGGAUGCUAUAGGUGACUCUUCUCGGAAUAAAUUACAUCGACGGAACGGUAGCACGAAAACGGCGCGCCCACGCAGCUCGGACAAAUCACCUCGCUCACCUGUUGAUGUGAUUGCAGUCAAGAAGCACCAGCGACAACAUGUUGAGGGCGACUCACCCACAUCUCGUAACAUGCCACUUCAAUUAGCUCGACUCGAUGGACCCUCAUCCACACCAAAACGUUCGUUGUCACACUUUGGCCAUCACAACAAGAACAACAAAGAGACCACAGUUGCUGUUCCCCUUGAAAACAAAUUCCACUACAGUCUGCUUUCGAGAAGCUGUCGCUUUGGCUCUCCCACACGCGCCCUCACGCGGUUUUCCAAGGUUCAAACACAGAUACACGCAAAAGGCUUGUUGAUCAAAAUCUGGUUGUUCGUCGCAGGGCUCUAUCGACAUGCGGGACUUUUCGAAGACGCGAUGGAAGCUUGUAACGAGGCGUCAGAGCAAACAAGACUUGUGGAAGCGCUCGUCGCAGGGCAAGAGUCUUCAGCGAGAGCGUUCGCUGCUGCAGGUUGGGGAGGGACGAAGAGCUCGGAUGAGCUUUGGGCUGACGUCUAUGCCGAAAGAGGCCAUCUUGCACAGGCACAAUCACUGCCCUAUGAUGCGAUCAAUCAUUUCGAAGAUGCCUUAAUGUAUUAUCCAGAUCAUCUCGUAGCGACAGUGGGACUAGCCAACCUUCUCCUUGACAUAUACGACCAGACCUUGCCAUUAGAGAAGAUUGAAAAUGGUCUAGACGUCAGCAAUACACCUGGUGUUUCUCUUUUAUCAACCCCAUCGAAGCUCAAAACGAAUCCUCAACCACAGCACAACGACGAUACCAAUGUCACCAGCGAUUCCUCUUCGCCACAUGACAUCACACCAGAAGCUUUAGAUCGGCUCGCUGCUCGCGAUAGAGCUUAUGGUCUUUUAUCCACCUUGACAAAACUCGGAAGCGCUUGGGACAGUUCUGAAGCGUGGUUUGCUUUGUCAAGAGCUUUCGAACAAAGCGGGCAGAUUGAUAAAGCUAAAGAAGUCCUCUGGUGGUGCGUGGAACUUGAGGACAAACGGCCAAUACGGCAUUGGUGGAACAUUGGGUCUGGAGGAUAUGUUCUAUGA